CAAUUAACUCAGGUCAAUCCAAGUAGAUUGCCCCAAAACAACCACACAUACACAAUCCAUUCAGUGCACGGCGACUGCCUAUCUACGUCAAGAUGGCGGGCGUACAGCACUACCGCAUGGCGUUGGACCCGGCCAUCCAGAAGCUGGGAACCAUGACCACGAACCGUCACCAAUACUUCCGAUGGACUGCCCGAAGCGCUCGUAUCAAUUUCGCAUUCGUCGUUGCCGUACCGACUAUCCUCGGCAUCAUUGCAUACAAGGCCGAUGGCAAGUGGGAUUUCCGUGCGAAGAGGAAGGGCGACCUUAUCAGUGAAUUUUAAAGGAUGUUCGUAAAAGAGAAACGGGGACGAUUGUAUAUAAGGAUAAAUGCAUUGUGGAAAUUCAAUAAACUUGGUCAACAAAUGAACCUCCGCGUCGGUUGAGGAAUACCACCAUGUGCCUGG